UUCGAUCGGAUGAAAGGGAAUAGGAUUCGUCGUCCUGCUGCGCUUCCUCUCUUCUAAAUAGCAUCAUAAUAGACACCGUGUGCGAUUCCAAGCGCUAGAGAAAAGAAACGCGUACUGACAACGGGAUGUUGCUUCGUGCACGAUGAAGACGCCGUGGACGAUCAUCGGAGUGGAGCCAUUCGACGCGCAUAGACCAUAAGAGAGGAGAUCGUCCCCCAUGAAGCUAACGGGAGACUUCCGAAUCCUUUUCCGGAGUUGAGCUUCUAGAAAUACUGGUUCCCGAUGUGAACGGAACCCUCAUCGAAGUAUACUGCGGUCAGGGUGUCUUUCGGGAUGGCAACUGUAAUAGCACGCUUGAAUGCGGGAAUCAAUUUCUUCGCUGAUCUCGUUGGGUACACGAUAAGGGUCAACUAUUUCCUAGGCGAAGCGCUGUUCACCUUACUCUCAUGGGCAUUUGGUCACGUUUCAACCGGUACCCGAGCCUUGCUGGCGCUGAUCCGAGUGGCGCUCUUUGAUUUCGGUCAAUUCGUUGAAGACGUCGGCAAUGGGCUCUCGUCGGUUGUGCUCGGGUUCGACGUUCUGGCCAAUCUCGUGGCGCAAUUCAUCCACAACAUCUUCUACGCGUUCCUCUCGGCCUUGGCAUCAUUCGUUGCUGUAGUCAUCGGGGUGGGCAGCUCCGUGUACGUCACUCUCAGCAGUGUACUUGAUGCGGGCAAAUACCUUUUGCAGGUCGGAGGUAAGAGCUUCAUCCUUCUGGUUCAAACUCUUCCCCUCAGUCUUGCGGAGGCUUUCAAGCGGGGAGCCCGCUCUGUAUCGAACUGGUGCUCACAAAUCGCAGACCUGACGGUCGACGCGGUGGUCACUCUGUACGAUGGCUUUGCACAACAAGCUCAGAACGUGCGUUAUUUAGUGAAAGGUUUGCCCGGCGAAGCCUACCUCGGUCUAGGCUUGCUGCUCUUCAUUGUUUUUGCAAGCCAUUAUGCUCUCCGGCUCCUUUACUUGAAUAGAGUUUUCCUCCUGCACAAAGUCUAUCAACUCAGUCUGAACAUGCUUUCGGCCUUACGCGACGGGAGCGCGAGGCUUUCAUGGAACGCGUUGGGGUAUGGCGAUAACAGGGUGCGGGACAACGACGCGGACGAGUCAUCCGGCUCGUCCUUCGACUCGCCCUCGCCUUACAACCUGCGACAGAGGAAGAAAGGACCAGGAGCCCGUGUAAACUCGAGAUUGGAGCAGGAACUUCAAAAACUUCGACAAGAGAAGGAGUCACGGCUGUGCGUGAUUUGCGCCGACCGAAUGCGCUCUGUGUUAAUUAUGCCGUGUCGACAUUUCUCAUUCUGCGAUCCCUGUCUCACUCAAGCCCUCGAAGACAAACCCCAUUGUCCCAUCUGCCGACAGCACGUUAGGAAGAAAAUUACAGUAUUCCAAUGAGUUCCAAAUCAAUCAGCGCCGACGGAUUCGAAUUCGGCACCGUGAGAUGAGCUUCCAAAACUGAGACUCGGCGCAGCGGUGUGUCUCAGUGAUUUGCUGCUGUUGUUUUGAAUGUGUAUGACUGGUUACGGAGCGUGUUGGCGCUGGGCUGUCUGAGACCUCAAGCUUAUCAUUUUCGGAGUUUGUGGCCGUUGGUAUGCUAGAGAAACGCACGAGCGACAGAUAAUGAUGCAAUGAGUGAAUCAAAGCUCGAGUUGACGUUGCGCUCGGAUCCAUCCGCUGAAGAGCCUCGUUAUCACCAACUCCACUAUCAUUUGAUUUUUGUGCGUUACGAAGUUCGUCGGAAAAGCACUUUCCCCGAUUAUUCUCGACUUCUAUCAGCCCUAUAUCUGUUCACUGAGCUCUCACUUGGGUCGAUUGUUUGCGAUGGAGCGACAGAGCUCCGUGGAGUGGGAAGAAUUCUGUAAAAUAGCCAUGUGAAUACACAGCCAGACAAUGUGAAUACGGUGGCGUUGCAAUGACUUGAAUGAUUCCGACCGAGCCAUCAUCAUUAUGGUAGUCUUAGUUGUUCAAUCACUCACUGUGUAUGCUCUCAAGGAGCCUCAUGGGAUCGAUCCGGCGUUCAUGCCAAAGGGAAGUCAGGUUCCACCAUCAC